AUGGACUUGUCCAACGCAUUCGAAACGUACAGAAAGGAGAACAUACCACCGGCGGCUCUACUCCGCGCAGCCUGGGCAAUUUUGCUUCAGAAGUAUGCCAACACUUCCGACAUUUCCUAUCUUCACGACGCCAAUGGCUAUGUUCAGGUCGAAGCUUUCUCAUGCAACGCUUCGACCACAAGCCUGGAUCUUCUCCACAUUCUUUCAAAAUCCACGGGAGAAGACAGGGCAAGCCUCACGGAGCACGAUGGCCUGAACAACGAGGUGUUAUCCAAUACCGCAAUAUUGGAAAAUGUGCCAGAGCAUGAAGAUCCGAGGGAGGAGAUAAUACUUCAUGUGGACAGUUGGACACAGCCAUCCAAGCUCACGCUUCAUUUCUGGGACAGGGUGCUCUCGGAACAAGCCGCGCUUCGGGUGGCCGACACGUUUUCAACCGUUUUGGAAAUACUCGCACGGAACCGAUCGGUCAACGUGAUGGAAACUUCCAUCAUCAGUUCUAGAGACAGUAGGCAAAUCAUGGAUUGGAACCGCGACGUACCAGUGAGAACUGCACAAUGCGUCCAUAACCUACUGGCAGUGCAGUUUGAAGAGAUACCGCACAAUCAAGCCAUCCAGGCGUGGGAUGGUUGUCUGACGUACGCGGAGCUUGAUCGGCUGUCUGACCGGCUUGCUGCUCGGAUGCAGGACCUCGGAGUUGGCCCCGAGGUUCUGGUUCCGCUAUGCUUCGACAAGAGCAUGUGGAACGUCGUGGCACAGAUUGCGGUGCUGAAAGCGGGUGGCGCGUGCGUCUCAAUUGACCCCAAGACACCUCUUGACCGGUUGAAGGCAAUACUGGACGAUGUUAAAGCAGGUGUUGUCAUCACGACCCCAGCGCACCGAGACCUUUUCCGAGAGGCUGUCGGCGAAGUGGUUGCCAUUGCACCAGAAACCUUUGAGCAGUGCUACGAGUCUCGUUCUGGCAAUGUCAAAUCAUCUGUGCAACCAACGAACGCGGCAUUCGUGGUAUUCACAUCUGGAAGCACCGGGAAGCCGAAGGGCAUCGUGACUGAGCACCACGCUUUCUGCCUGAGUGCUCAUCAUCAAGGCUUGAGAAUGGAAUUCGGCAGGCAUUCCAGAGCUCUGCAGUUUGCAGCGUACACAUUCGACGUGAGCCUACACGACGUCUUCGUCACUCUGAUUCACGGAGGCUGUGUCUGCAUUCCGUCAGACGAGACGAGAAGCGGCAAUCUCUCUGGAUUCAUUAGGGAAGCCCGGGUCAACUACAUGUGCCUCACGUCGACAGUCCUUGGACUUCUGGAGCCUUCGGAGAUUACUGAAGUUCAAACAGUCGUUGUUGGCGGCGAGCCAAUGCGGCGUGAAGAUAUCGAAACAUGGGCGGGGGAGGUCAGGCAUCUCGGCAACGUCUAUGGCCCUGCAGAAUGUGCCGUGUGGUGUCUGUACAAUGGUGGCCUGCCCCCCGGGGCGGAUCCGACCAACAUAGGGCGGGCGAUGGGAUGCUGUGCCUGGAUUGUCGAUCCAACAGACCACAACAAACUCUCGGUUGUGGGUUGCGUGGGUGAGUUGCUGAUCGAGGGACACAUCCUGGCUCGAGGCUAUCUCAAUCAGCCAGCAAAAACCCAAGAAGCCUUCUUGAGCAGUCCACCCUGGGCUCCGACGCGCACGACGCCCACACGCUUCUACAAGACUGGCGACAUGGUGCGCUACAACGACGACGGAUCAAUCAGUUUCGUCGGCCGUCGCGACUCACAGGUCAAAGUCAAUGGCCAGCGUGUGGAGCUCGGAGAAAUUCAGUUCCAUCUCAAACGAUGCCUGCCAUUCGUGCGAGACGCCGCGGUCGAGGUCAUCCAACCAGGAGGCGGGAAGCAGGUUCUCGCAGCCUUUCUCGAACCGGAAGCCUUUGAUAUGGACCGUGAGACGUUCAACUGCGAGAUCGAAGCCAGCCGCGACGCCUUCCAAACCGCCCUGCCCGAGUACAUGAUCCCCUCGCUUUUCCUGCCCGUGGAAAAGCUUCCACAGACGGUUUCCGGGAAGCUCGAUCGGAAAGCGCUGAGAGAGCGGGGUCACUUGGUGUCUGGGCCAGCGUUCGACAGUGCGGUCGAUGUCAAUGGACCAGAGAAGCAACCUAAAACCAGUGCAGAGGAGCGUCUUGCCAGUUUUUGGGCUACCGUGCUCGGCAUCGCUGCGCCAACAAUCUCGCCCGAUGCCAACUUUUUCCGAAUGGGUGCAGAUUCGCUGGCAGCGAUGAAGCUCUCCGCAGCUUGUCGGAGGAACGGCCUGCUCCUGCCAUACGCAGAAAUCAUGCGGCGGCCUACGCUCUCUGCCAUGGCGCUCGCCGUGUGCAACGAGCAGAGCGUGGCAUCGGUGGCAGCGGUUGAUCCUCUGCCCUUCUCUCUACUGCAUGAGGGACUGCAUCUCAAACAGGUUCGCGCAGAAGUUGCAGCGCAAUGCGGCGUGCACGAAGACGACGUUGAGGACAUGUAUCCCUGCACUCCGCUGCAGGAAGGGAUCGUGGCACUGUCCCAAAAGCAACACGGCACAUAUGUCGGCACCCACGUGUUCGAACUUCCGUCUCACGUUGAUUUGGCCCGGUUCAAAGCGGCUUGGGACCAUCUUGUGGCCUGCGUCGCCAUUCUCCGCACGAGAAUCGUCCACUGCUCUGCAGGGAUCAUGCAGGUCGUAUUGAGACGAGGCCCAGACUGGAGAAGCUCAAACCACCACGCAUCUACUCUCUUCGAAGCAGAUGGAGACCAUUCCAUCUUUGGAAAGGAGCUGUGCGGGUUUUCCGUUGCGAGGCAGGAUGGGAAAGACUGCUUUUUCUGGACCGCCCACCACGCCAUAUACGACGGCUGGUCUCUGGACAACAUCUGCAAGCAGCUGAACGACCUCUACCACCGCGUCGAACCAACAACACCAGCUCCUCAGUUCUCAAGGUUCAUUUCGCACUUGCAGAGUGCCGAGGUGAAGGGCAUGCGUAAUUUCUGGGAGGGCGAGUUGAACGGCUGUUCUCAAGUGCCGUUUCCGUCGCUCCCGUCUGUAGGCUACGACUCUCGCACAAAUUCAUUCGAGACGCACAUGAUAACCACACCAAGAAUCGCUCACGAUGCAGUCAUUUCGAUGCGGAUACGCAGUGCCUGGUCCCUGCUGAUCGCCGCGUAUCAAAACUCCGAGGACGUGGUGUUCGGAGCCACUGUGUCGGGAAGAGCUGGCGUUGACCCCCAGAUCAUGGAGUCUAUGAUCGGCCCAACCAUGACAACCGUUCCAGUCCGCGUGCUUGUCGACAAGAACAAGAGUGUUGGAGAGUUUCUCGACGAAACCAAAGAACAGGCCGUGAGGAUGACCCGAUUCGAACACGCCGGCCUUCAGAGCAUCAGUCGAUGGGGCGAGGACUGCAGGACCGCCUGCAGCUUCCAGAGUCUUGUGGUUGUGCAACCGCAGCCGGAGGAGCCCGGCGUCAACGACAUCUUGCGACACCCGGGGGCUGACGAUAUCCUCGCCAGGGGGUACGCGCUCAUGCUGGAAUGCCAGCUCCGCGAUGACGGGGUUCUUGCCAGGGCCAGCUUUGACACAGAGGUACUCGAUGCGCUCCAGGUCCGCAGGAUGCUGGCGCAGCUGGACGGUUUGAUGCAGCAGCUCAGCGCUUCUGAUCCGUCUCGACCGAUCGGAACCCUUACGUCGGCUAGUCCUGAAGACGUGGCGACCGUUCUGUCGUGGAAUCGGGAGCGACCCUUGCCAGUGGAGCAUUGCGUUCACACCGUCGUCCACGAGCAGGCGCUCAGGACCCCUGAUGAGAUGGCAGUGUGCGCGUGGGACGGACAGCUCACCUACCGCAUGCUGGAUGAACUGUCCUCGUCCAUUGCGCGCCGUUUGAAGGAGGAGUACGGACUGGGGCCCGAACAGUUUGUUCCGUUGUGCUUCGAAAAGUCUCUUUGGUCCGUGGUCGUCGAGCUGGCGACGCUGAAAGCUGGCACCGCCUGCGUUUCGAUUGAUCCGGCCCACCCUCUGUCUCGACUGGAGCAGAUCAUGCACGAUGUCGACGCUACCGUCAUCAUCACCAGCCGUCUCAACGCCCAUCUGUUCGAAGCUCAACGUCGAAGGGUCAUCAUCGUCGACCAAGCAUUUGUCGACGCCACCCCGCGCACUGCGAGCUAUUCGUGCUCGGCCGUCCGUCCUCACAACGCGGCAUUCGUCGUCUUCACCUCAGGCUCCACUGGGCGGCCCAAGGGAAUCUGCCAGGACCACGCGGCCUACUCCUUGAACAUGCUGCUGCAAGGGCGCGUGCUCGGGACCGGGCCUGGCCGGCGGGUCCUCCAGUUCGCAGCCCACACAUUCGACGCUUUCCUCAGCGACGUCUUCACCGCACUCGCGUUCGGCGGCUGUGUCUGCAUCCCCUCGGACGCGGAGAGGCUCAAUGACCUUGCGGGAUCCAUCGCCCGCCUGCGCGUCAACCAGACCCUGCUGACGCCGAGCGUGGUCAAAACGCUCCGUCCGGAGGACUGUCCGUCGCUCCAAGUGCUCAUCUUGUCCGGGGAGCCGCUCACUGCCGAGAGUCUGCGGCUCUGGGGAGACAAGACCCGCCUGAUCAACCUGUACGGGCCCUCUGAAUGCACCAUCUGGGCAACGUACCGCGACAAUGUUGCUGCGCGCUCCGAUCCACGCAACAUCGGCCGCGGUGCUGGAGCCCUGAUCUGGGUGACGCAUCCAGAGGACCCCGACCGCCUCACAGCCAUAGGCGCAGUCGGCGAGAUGCUGAUUGACGGCCCUGGACUCGCAAAGGGCUACCUCAAAGAUGACGAGAAAACAGCAAAGGCAUUCAUCCCAGCCCCGUCGUGGUAUCCCGCGCGCGAGACCUCUCCCGGACGCGUCCUGUAUAGGACGGGUGACUUGGUCCGCUACAACGCCGACGGAACCAUCUGCAUCAUUGGCCGGCGCGACACUCAGGUCAAGAUCCGCGGCCAGCGGACCGAGAUCUCCGAGGUGGAGCACCAUGUGAGGCAGCACAUUCCGAGGGCCGUGGGCGAAGUCGGAGUGGAGAUGAUCCACUCGGCCGACGACAGUAGCCUUCAAGUUCUGGCGGCGUUUGUAGCGCCCAAGCUGCCUGAUCAUCCAGACUCGCGGCAGAUGCAGACGCAGUUUGACAGCAUGACGGAAGGGAUUGAGGCAAAGCUGUCUCGGACCCUUCCCCGCUGGAUGGUUCCGUCGGCCUACAUUUUGAUGGAAACUCUUCCGGUUACCAUGCAUGGAAAACUGGACAGAGCGGCCCUGAGGAGAUUCGGGUGUGGCUUGACCACUAAGGAUCUUGCACGUUCCAUCGCUGGCGACAGAUACGUCAAAGAACUUCCGACAACAGCCAACGAGAAGGCGCUGCAAGAGCUGUGGGCCGAAGUGUUGAACCUCAGCAGGGCAACCAUCGGUGUGGAGGAUCAUUUCAUACGGCUCGGUGGAGAUUCCAUCCGCGCUAUGACGCUCGUAGCGCUGGCUCGUAGGAAGCAGUUUGUGCUGUCCGUUGCUGAUGUCUUCCGCUGUCCUACCUUGCGCGAACAAUCCGAGAUGCUCAAGCCCGUUGAUACCGAGACCACCGUGGCUUCCAAGCAGUCGUUCGGUCGGGAUAUUCGAAGCGAGGUUGCAGAGUCUCUAAACCUGCCGGUAGAUGCUGUACAGGAUGUCUUCCCCGCCGCACCAAUCCAGGAGGCAUUGAUGACGCUCACAGAAAAGCAAACUGGCGCCUACACCAGCAGGUACCUGUUCCGAUUACCCGGCACCAUCGACCUGGAACGAUUACGGACCGCAUGGGCUCAGGCGAUCCAAAUGCACAAGAUUCUCCGCACAAGGUUGGUUCAAACAAAAGCACACGGCCUCGUGCAAGCAGUUUUGGCAAGCUCGCUCCGGUGGGAAACCAUCUCCGACUUGGACGCAUAUGUGAAGAUGGAAAACGCGAUCCCAUUUGGCUUUGGCUCAGCCCUCGUACGGGUCGCAGUGAGCGAGGAGGAUCAAGACGAUAAAUACCUUGCAUUCACGGCACACCACGCGGCCUACGACGGCUGGUAUCUCUCCCGUCUGUUUGACGACGUCAGUGCCCGUUACCGCGGCUUGGAGGUUCCGCCACCUGUUGAUUACUCCCGGUUCAUCCACUACCUGUCAGACCUGCCGUCAUCUGACUCAGAAAAGUACUGGAAGAAGUCGCUGGAAGGCGCCGCAUCACCAUCGUUUCCCUCGCCACCAGAUGCUUUCUAUGUGCCCAUGCCUUUCCGGAAGUUGAGUCGUAAGCUGCGAGUCCGUCCGCAUGCUUUAUCUUCGGCUACGAUCGCGACCGUGGUGCAGACGGCUUGGUUGUUGAUCGUCGCCCGGCAAUCCGAAGCGGAUGAGGGGACCUGUGGCAUCGUCCUUGCCGGACGCAGCGUCCCGGUGGCAGACAUCGAAGCCGUCGCGGGGCCAACCAUCACCGCCGUGCCAUUCAGAGUCUGCUUCGAACGAAACGACACGCUGGAAAGCCUUCUGCAGAGAGUGCAGACGCAGAACGCGGAGCAGAUGCAGCACCAGCACCUCGGCUUGCAGAACAUCAGCGUGCUGAGUCCGGACGCCCGCCGUGCUUGCUCGUUCCAAACCAUCAUCACCAUCAACCACGGCAGGCUGGAGCCAGACCAGGCCGUUCUCGGGAGCCUGGUCAGCGACGAAGCCACGGACAACUUCUACACGUACCCGCUGCUGCUGGAGUGCGAUUUACACGGCGAUUCGCUCGAGAUUCGGGCAACGCACGACGAGAAGAUGAUAUCCCACACUGCCAUGACGCGCAUCUUGCAGCAAUUCGAUCACGUCAUCCAACAGCUCUGCACCCUGCACGACGACCAGCGUGUCUGCGACCUCGAAUUCGCAAGCCCCGAAGAGACUCGGGAAUUGAUCUCCUUGGCCACGGUACCACCAGCUGUCGAUGACUGCAUCCACCACAUGAUACACCGGAUGGCGCUUUCGCGGGCCAACGAGCUUGCCGUCGACGCCUGGGACGGUGCCAUGACUUACGAAGAACUGGACAGCUACGCAUCGAGAGUAGCCAGCAGGCUGCAGAGCAGGGGAAUCCAGCGCGGCGACGUCGUCCCCGUAUGCUUUGAAAAGUCCAAGUGGGCUAUCGUUUCGAUGCUCGCCGUGGCAAAGGCCGGGGCCGCCUUCCUGGCCCUCGACAGCUCCCAUCCUCGGGAGCGUCUGCGCACAAUCGUUGCCGCUGCGAGCCCGAAGCUGAUAGUCUGCUCGCCCACAAAAGCUUCCGUGUGUGCUUCGCUAGCCCGGUCGAUUCUCGAGGUCGACGGCGCGUCGGUUGCGGGAAUGCUGGAGGUUUCCGACAUGGCGGCGGCCGCGGCGGUCCUGCCCAGCGACCCCUUGUACGUGAUUUUCACGAGCGGCUCGACCGGCACGCCCAAGGGGACGGUCAUCUCGCAUUCGGCGUACAGCAGCGUGGUGGAGCACCACAGGAAGGCGCUUCACUUCCGGCCCGGCAUCCGCGUGUUUCAAUUCUCUUCUUUCGCGUUCGACGCCAGCAUCCUGGAGAUCGUGACGACGCUCGCGGUGGGGGGCUGCGUGUGCGUGCCCUCCGAGGAUUCCAGGGUCAACGACAUUGCCAGCGAGAUGAACCGGAUGUCGGUGCAGUGGACGCUGCUGACGCCCUCGGUGGCGGACUUCCUGGAUCCGGACCAGGUCCCCGGCCUCGAGGUCCUCGUGCUCGGAGGAGAGCCCAUGAAGGCGUCGCAGCUGCAGACUUGGGCGGACCGCGUUAGGCUCAUCAACGCUUUUGGCCCCAGCGAGUGCUCGGUGGUGGUGCUCGCCAAUUCCAACCUGUCCACGUCGUCUUCGCCCUCCAACAUCGGCCAACCGGUCGGCGUAGCGUGCUGGGUGGUCGAGCCCGACAACAGUGAUCGCCUGGUGCCAUUUGGUACAGUUGGAGAGCUCCUGGUCGAAGGCCCGACUCUGUUCACCGGCUAUCUAAACGACCGCGUCAAGACCUCGACAGCCUUGGUCGAUGAUCCGUCCUGGGGCCGGCCGGCCGAUGAUGCUUCUCGACAAUACCGACGCCGGCGACUCUACAAGACUGGUGACCUGGUAAGGUCCUUGCCGGACGGCAGUCUCUCGUUCGUGGGCCGCAAGGAUUCGCAGAUCAAGCUGCAUGGCCAGCGCACCGAGUUGGGCGAGAUUGAGGCGCACCUGCUCUCCUGCCCCGACGUCGGCAACGGUCUUGUUCUUUUCCCCAGAGCGGGACCGUUCGCGGAUCGCUUGGUCGCUGUUGUCGAGCUGCAUUCCACACCGCCGCGGGAAGAGGAGCAUGGGGAGGACGAGAUGGAGCUCCUCGACUCCUCGGGCAAUUCCCUUCUUACGUCAGAGCUGUCCAAGACAAGAGAUGAAUUGGCCAGGAGCGUGCCGCUAUAUAUGGUGCCGGGCCUGUGGGUCGUUGUGAAGAGGGUUCCAGUAACUUCGACAGGAAAGCUGGAUCGCAACCGCGUGUUUCGUUGGUUCAGCGAAACCCCGCCAACAGAGACUCAGAUGCGCCUUGCCAGGAGCGACGCUACUCAAGCACACCAACCGGAGACGCUAAUUCAGAGGGAAGUGCAGAAAGUAGUUGCGACUGUGCUGAAGCUGAGCCCCAGGCUGGUAGACAUGAGCAGCUCUAUUCUCAACCUCGGCGGAGACUCAAUCUCGGCGAUGCGCAUCGUCAGCUCCUUGAAGGGCAUCGGCAUCUCAACUUCCUUGCAUGACGUUUUACGUUCUCCGAGUCUCUACAACCUAUCCUCAUGCUCGAAGUGGAUAUCCGAACAGCUUCCUAACAACGCUGCAAAGUCCACCUCUGACUUGUUUGGAGCAGUUCGGCAAGGCCUGGUGGACGCUGUCAUGAGGCUUUCGGCCUCCGGAAUUGAUCCACGGCUGAUUGAAGAUGCUUACCCCUGUACUCCGAUGCAGAAGCAUUUCCUCUCAAGCCAAAACCAAAACCCCCAAGCCUACCGGUGUGUCUCCAUCUACGAACUUGAGCCUCAGCCCGGAUGGCCUGUCCCGUCGGUGGAGCAGGUAUCACGAGCUUGGCAGCACGUCGUUCAACGUCAUACGAUCCUCAGGACAUUGUUUGUGGAAGGCAUUCGGGACCACGAAGCCAUUCAAGUCGUCCUCACUCAUGCACCACAUGACGAAGUCUUCCGGAGCAUCCAGUGCAGCUCUGCUGGCUGCGGUGCGGUGGAGGCUGUUUCGCAGCUUGAACAUCCCCAAUUCGAUAGUCCACAGCUGCCACACCGUCUCACAAUUUGUCAUGACGAGCACGGGUCCCUGUCGCUGAGACUCGACAUCAGCCACGCCCUGACCGACGGGCCGUCCCUCCUGACAAUCCUAAAAGACCUCGGCGCCCUACUCGAAAACGACCAACGCGCACAGCAGCACACGCGGACACACUCGCCGCCGCCGUCACCAUACGGCACAUACGUAGAGUACCUCCACGCCCGCGACACCCACGCCUCCAUCACUUUCUGGAAACACUACCUCCAGCAAACACCACGCUGCAUGUACCUUCCCCCCCGCCCCACGCACGCGUCGACGACCGCCGCUCCAACCCCGACAUUCGCAACCUACAAGUUCCACCUGCCCCAAAGCGCCGCCGCACUACAACAGCUCUGCCAGUCGCUCUCGGUCACCACGUCGGCCCUAUUCCGCGCCCUGUGGGCGCUCGUCCUGCGCAAGCACGUCGGCGCCGACGACGUGUCGUUUGGGUACCUGGUGGCGGGCCGCAAUAUGGAUCUGCCCGACCAGGCGCUGCCGCUCGCUGGCGUCGUCGGCCCCGUGCUGAAUCUCGUUCCGUGCCGCGUGCGCGUGACGGCGGCGACGACGACGACGACGACGUUCGCCGACGUCGUGCGCCAGAUGCAGGUGGAUGGCGUUGCUGCGGUGAUGGAGCACGGCUUGGUUUCUUUGCCUGAGGUGAUGGCGGGCGGUGAGGGGUUGCCGUUUGAUACGCUGCUGAAUCUGCGGUUCUUUGAUGACGGAGGUGAGGGUGAGGAGGGCGCUGGGUAUGCGUUUAGGGAUGCUGGCGGGGAGGAUCCGAUGGAUUACGCAUUGGUGCUUGCCGUGCAACAGGACGGAGAAGGCCGCUUUGAGAUACACCUGAACUACUGGGAGCCAUGCGUAACUGAGGAGGAUGCACAUGAUAUUGCCACGUACAUGAAAGCCCUGCUGGAAGAAAUGGUGCCGUAG